UGACAGAUGACAGUAACCGUGCCGGUGCCGGGCUGAACAUUUGACGAAACGCGACUGGAAUUUUCAUCUCCACCGAAAGAGAUCACAAGCAAUAAAACGUGCCGGGGCGGAAUACAUUUAGAGUAAGAAAUACGUGUUGUGUGCAUUGUGCGUGCCAGUGAAUCUGAGGCCUUACUUCGUCUGUCGAUAGCGCGCGAUUGUAGAUUUGUAAUAGAAUGGAAGGCAAGGGAAUGAUGCAGGAGACGAUGGAUCUGUUGGGAUCGUUGCGGGAGGAUGCGUCCCAGGCGCACGUGGAACUGAAACGAGAGGUCGAUUCGCUGGAUGACUUCGAGCACCUGAGCCACGAGUCGAAGUCACCGGUGCGUGACGAAGGUAAAACGUUGUUGGAUGAGGAUGUUUUGAUGGAUACGGCAGCACGUGCGGAGGCGGCAGCAGAGGUGGCGUCGUCGGCGCUCACGAAGGCGAUCGAUAAAAGGGUGGAAUCUGCAUCGGAUACAGCUGCCAGACUUGCCGACGCGCUGGAAACCAGGUGGGAGCCGACAGACAUCCGGCCAAGUCCAGUCGUUGCGUCGCCAGUUCCACCGCCAGCCAUGGACUCGAACCUCCUCGACUUUGAAGACGCUUUCCCCGAUCGGAAAGAAGCCGACGCCAAACUGGACAAGUUCCUCAACGAGAUGGCCCUUGGCCAGGAAAAACCAGCCGAGAAACUCGACGAUAUGAAAGAAGCGACGAUGGAUUUCGUUGAGAAGGAAAUGCAGCGUGCGUUUUCACUUGAAAAGGCAGACCUGCCACCCCCGCCCCAGACGGAUGACAUUCUCGAGCACUAUUCAGAUAGUGACGCCGAGGAUGACUUCAAACACGAGGACUUCCACGCGGACUUCCAGCAUCAUGAACCGGAGCAAGAACCGGAAGAGUCUGCCAAGUUUGAUCAGUUUAAGGAUGUGCACGACUUCGAGGCCAAAUUUGAUCUUCCGAAUUUCAAUCUUCCGCAAGAACAGCCCUUGUUCAAGACCCCCGAACCUGAACCACUCAUUUCCGAGCAGGUGAUUCUUCCUGAAGUACCCAAAGAGGAGCCCAAGAUUGCAACGCCAGUUGAAGAGAAACCACGCGAAGUUAUCGAGGAAAUAAUCCAGGAGGAGACUCCUCCGGCACCGGUCCAAGUUGAGAAAGUCGAGAAACCGAAAAAGAACGUCAUUGAAGCAGAGGCAAUGUUUUGCAAGAUGGGACUAGAUGCGUGGUUCAACCCCGAACGGCUAAAUCCAAGAGUGGAGAGCCUCAUCUACUGGAGGGACCCGAAAAAAUCUGGCCCAGUCUUUGGCGCGGUGUUGGUCAUCCUUCUCAGCUUGAAGUUCUUCUCGCUGAUCAGCGUUGGCGCAUACGUCUCGCUGCUUGGCCUCCUCGCCACCAUUUCCUUCCGCAUCUACAAGAAUAUUGUGCAGGCUGUCCAGAAGACUGGUGAUGGACAUCCAUUCAAGGAAUAUUUGGAACUCGACGUUGUCAUUCCUCAACAAAAGGUCGAGGAGGUGACGAAAAUUGCCGUUGCCCACAUGAAUGCCGCGCUCGUAGAGUUGCGUCGUCUUUUCUUGGUCGAGGAUUUGGUUGACUCGAUCAAGUUCGCCGUUUUGCUGUGGUGCUGCACUUAUUUGGGCGCCUGGUUCAAUGGCAUCACCCUCAUCAUUCUUGCAUGGAUCGCCCUGUUCUCUCUCCCGAAAGUUUACGAAACGAAUAAGACGCAGAUCGAUGCCAACCUCGACAUCGUGAAAUCUAAACUGGCCGACAUCACGUCAAAGGUGAAGGCGGCAGUUCCGAUCGGCAAAAAGUCCGAAGAGAAGAAGGAGUAAAUCCCACCCUCAGAAACAAACGAAGAAGCAAUCGACAUCGUACAUCAUCGGAUGCCAAAAACAGACAGUAACGAGAGUAAAAGUAAAAAACAAAAAACGCGAGAGGCAUCCCACAAAAAUAUCUCUUUUAAUUCCAUUCUAAUCUAAAAAAAAAGUAAAGAAAGUAAAAACUUAAAGUAAACAAAGUAAACACCAUCUUAUCUACUACAUAAUAACUCUUCUCUAUAUACAUAUUGAUGAAAUUGUUUUGUUAAUUAAUUUUUUUUGUACAUAGAAGACUAUAUUUUAAACUUCGCCUGAGGAUCAUGCUUGUUCGAUAAAGAAAAAAAAAACACAUUAAAAUUGUUGGAAGCGUUACUUUGGCGAUUCUCAGCGCAUGUGCGAGAAUUUAUGUUCGUCAUCGUCUCUUAAUUACUCUUUUUAUAUCAAAUCAAUUUGUAAUACAUAAACGUUACGUUAAACGAAAGCGAACCGAAGCGCUGUGACAAUGCGACGCUGAAGGAUUUCCCAGCCAGAUUGAGAUUUAUUACCUUAAUUUAUGUUUUAAUUUAUGUAUUGCAAGAAUUAUAUUAUUGUACUAAAUACACAGAAAUAAGUUACAA